AUGCCGCAAGCACGUCUACACCAGAAACCCUUAGAGAAGCAGAAGAAGAAGAACCCGCCUCAACCGCAAGGGAAACGGAAUGCUAGAUACGAGCGACACAUCCUUGUCACUCUUCGAUCAGCAUUUACCCCGUCAUUGACGUCUCGUGAUCUGACGGAGGUGUUGCAGACCGUGAAGCAUUACCUUUACGAGAGGGAUUAUCUCACUGCAUUCUCCAAGAAGGAGUAUCUUGACGCAUAUGCAGCACGCUGGGUGCCAGGAAGGGCCCUAUGCUAUCGGUCUGUCUUCUCGCGUAUGGAUGCUGUUAGGUCAGUCCUGCGGAAUGGAGGCAAUGCCUUGUGUAUCGGUGCCGGACCUGGAAGCGAGCUUUGUGCAAUUGAGUCCGUUAGGGCUGAGUUGACCGAAUCGGCAGAGUCCUCUCUUCCGUCCCUGCAAGUAACAGCUAUUGAUUCUGCAGCAUGGGCUCCGGUAUUACCCAAUUUGCGAUUGCCUCAUCUGGACCCACCGCCGGUGUCGCUACAAGCCGAUGUGCUGUCUCCGCAGGCAGGAAUUGACUACGCCAGUGCGGAUCUCGUUACCGCUAUGUUCGUGGUAAACGAGCUGUUCGUACAGGAUCGCGCGGCCGCCAUCACGUGGCUGCGGACCGUAAUAACCUCUAUGAAACCUGGUGGUGUUCUUCUCAUCUGCGAGAGUGCGGGAUCGAUAUCUGAUCUAGCCGUGGGUGGAGAGGAGAAGAAGGUCUAUCCAUUGCAGUUCCUUCUCGAUGCUGCUUGCUCGAGGGGUAUGGAAGUAUUGGCAAAAGAGGAUGCCACUUGGUACCGUUAUCCUAAGGAACUAACGGAGCUUUAUCCGCUCCAGUUAGAGAACAUGCGGUUCUUCCUGAGAGUUUACAGGAAGAUCUAA